GAAAUCAAUACCUCAGCUGAUGCCUAUCAUGCCUUGACCGGCAGCACCUCAAAGUAACAAAGUGAUGACGGCACAGGACGGAUAAGGCUCCGGUGGAGACAAUGGCAUCACUAAGGCUGGCUGUGCUUUUAGCUCUUGACUUAGUAGACAACGCGCUGCCAGUGCCAUUGGGGCUGGUCGUUGCCGGAGAACGCAGUCUCGAGACACCGGUUGUUGCUUGGAGGGGUGUCUGAUCGGCCAUAGCGAGGCCUUUUCAUAGUCAAAAGCAAUAUUCCUCCUCUAUAUAUCACAUUGUUGGUUUCAACUGCAGUGAUCUACAGCCUCAUCGGGAGGAUCGAUCCUUCGGAAGACCCGCAAUAUUAUGUUCUUUUAAACUUCGGUGUCCUUCCCCUACAGCUUUUGUUCCCUCCUGUUCCCGUUUUCUACCUCAAGAUGGUUUCUCUCAAAGCAGUCCAAGCAUCUAACGCUGGCCUACGGGCACUUCCCAACAUCACCGCCCUUUUUGUGGGAGGAACCAGUGGCAUAGGCCAGAGUACAUUGCGCCAGUUGGCCCGUUACGCGGACAGCCCGACAGCCUAUAUUGUCGGUCGCGACCAGGCGCGCGCCUCGCCAUUUCUGUCGGAAUUGCACGAAUUGAGUCCCAAAGGCCGCUUCCAUUUCAUUGAGGCGGAUGUCUCCUUGGCACGCAAUGUCGAUAUUGCGUGCCGGCAGAUUCUUGACAAGGAGAAGCAUCUGAACUUUCUCUUCAUGACCCCCGGGGGCAUCUCUCUAGGAGGUCGAAAUGAAACCAUCGAAGGCAUCGACUACCUAUUCGCCCUCCGCUAUUACUCUCGUAUGCGAUUUGUACAGAACCUUCUUCCACUACUCGAGGCAUCGUCGGGCCCCAGUCGCGUCGUCAGCAUCUACGGCGGUGGCUUCGAGUUCUCGAUUAAUACUUCCGAUCUCGAUCUCAAGCAUAACUUCUCUCUACUCAACGCCUACAAGCACUCCAUCACUAUGACCUCUGUGAGCAUGGAAUACCUCUCUAAGACUCACCCGAAGGUCAGCUUCGUCCAUGCCUAUCCAGGCCUCGUUGGAACCAAUAUCUACAAUAACAGCUUCCCGUGGCCGAUUUCUUCCUUUUAUAACUACGCCAUGUGGCCCUUUUUCUCCUUGAAUCUCCAGGAAUGCGGCGAACGGCAUCUGUUCCAUCUCAGCUCUGCCCGGUACCCGGCAAAGGAGGGAAUUGCGACCCAAGGCGUGCCUGUGAACGCUGAGAUGGGUGGUGUGGCUACCGGGACCACAGGGGAGGUGGGUAGCGGGGCAUAUCUGCUGAACUGGAAGGGGGAUGUGAGCUCGAGCAAUAAGAUCCUGGCGCAGUAUAGGGAACAAGGAGUCCCAGAGUCUGUGUGGAAGCAUACCGAAGAGCUUUUGGACGAGGCCGUCCGAAGAUAAGGCAAUCGAUUAUGGUUUGGUUAGGGGACGGGCGGCGAAUGUGGAUAGUGUACGCUAUGUACCGGAGGUUGUUUGCCAUUGCCAUGAGGUGUAGCGUGCUCACUCUGGACUACAAACUCAACUCCUAUGUGUUCUCAAAAACCAAAAUAAAACACGCCUUUUUCCAGUCGCUUAGUAGCAAUAACCAUUUCUGCAACCACUGCCGAGAGGCUUUAGCGAU